CCACUACAUAUACACCAUUAACCAUCAGUUGUUAACUGUUAAAACCAUUACCAUUACUUGUCCUUAAUGGUAUCCACUAGACAUAACAUGUCACCAAUAGAAGUUAACAACAAAUUACCAGUAGAGACCCACAGUGACCAUUACAACUUCCAUUAAAACCAUUACAAAUUCUAUGAGGGUUUCUACUGGGUUUUUCCCCCCAGCAGUGUAAAAGUUAGUCUAUUCCACUGUAGCCACAAUAUUGCCCAUGUUUUGCUGAGAGUGUAAGCUGAGGCUUAUUUGUCUUCUGACUGUGCAUUUCCUCUUGCGUUGAAGAGAAAAGGGGUCUGUGUGUGGGUGGUUUGAGAAGCCUGCGGGCUAUGGGGGGUGAGAGGGAGGGAGUGAGCACAUGAGAGCGGGAAGGGUGAAGUGUACGGGAAGAGCGUCCUGGCGCAAUAUGUUAUACCUUCCGCUCUCCACCUCCGCGAACGCGCCCGUUUCAAAUAAUGUGAAAGUGAAAGAGACUGCACUCAGCGGCUCAGUAUAAAAUAAAGCAGGACAGAGAUCACACCAGUUCAUUCUUGUCAGGCCAAUACCCUUUCGCCGAGUUGCGCCAGUUUAAGCUCACUCUCUUUCUUGGAAAGAAAAGCACAUGCCUCGUAUUUAACGAACUCACCAGACUGGAGCUUCACUUAUCUUCGCUGGACCGAGUUAACAUGGAGACAUCGUUUAAACAGCCGCGUUUUUAAAAAAUAAACAGCAAGGAGAAACGAAACACUUCUUUCGAGAUGCCAAUUGCUCUUAUGGAAAAGUUAGACGAAGAAACAAGCUCUUUCUCUGGAAGUGAUUGUCAGAGUCCACAGAACUGGGGCAGAGGUCAGCCAAAUGAGAGGACUUGUCAGCGUCGACAACGCAACAGAGAUGCAGCUCGGAAGAGUCGCAAAAAGCAGACAGAGAAGGCAGAUGUGCUCCAUGAGGAACUGCAGACUCUGGAACGGUCCAAUGCUGCCUUAGUGAAAGAGAUUUCCGAACUGGAGAAAGAACUGCAGUGCUACACUACAACCUUAAAAGAACACGAACCCCACUGUACACUAUCAUGUUGGUCUGCACCUUCCAUACCAGACAUGUCUACCUCAGACUUCCCCCAACCCAUUAAUUCAAACCCUGGGGAAGAGCCCAUUUUUCCAACGCAUGAUCCAACUGCGCUGGACUUCUCUCUUGCUGAGCUCCUGGACAGGACUGAGUGGAUGCCAUGGGACUCAGAUAUAAGAUUGCCACCAUUUUGAAAAGAGAUGGUGGAUGUUAAAGCUGAAAACAAACAAAAACGUAGCUGUGCUAUACUUACUUCCUCCUACCACCCCUAUCUGGCUUUAACAUGUUAUUAGGUGCUGUUUUUUAAAAAAAGUCUCUUUAAAGGAUUUAACUUUGUACUAUGCUUUAUUAUUAAAAAUGGAAAUUUAUUUUUUAUAAAUAUUUUUUAAAAUAUAUUUGACAACUACAGCCUACUAUUCAGUGUAGAAUGUAAUGACCUGAAAGAAAAAUGUGAUAUGAUUAUUUCAGUUUGUCCACAAACCACAUUGCUGCUCAUCUGUAUAAUAAACAAAACGAACAUUAAUAUACUGUAUAUAUGUGUAACAUUUAAACAGAGUCACUAAAUCACUGAAUGUAGAUUUGUAUGCUGUAGAUUUAUACCUAAUAUAUUUGAAAUAUAUACAGUUUGAUAGAUUCCUUACACGUGUUUGUGUUCAUGUCAAAUGCAAAAGUGGGGGCUGUUGUUUAUGAAGUGUGCGUUGUUGAUGAUUGAGGAGAGAUGGCUGAAGGGUUUUAGAAGAUGCUGAUAAGCUCCUCCGCGCGUGCACAUAAUAAGCACGAGGCUACAGGGACAUGGCUGAGCAACACUCCCUGUGUUAUCUGUAUUGCAUCCGAUCCUUAAUUUCGACUGAGAGAGAGAGAGAGAGAGAGAGAGAGCUAAUGUGUUCUGUGUGGCCAUGAUGAUGGAAAUGUGAUGGAGCUGUAAGAACAAUGGCUCUGUGCGCAUGCAAUGUCAGUCCCAAAAUACCGCGGCUAUAAUGAGAGAGAGAGAGAGAGAGAGAGAGAGAGAGAGACUGGAAGAAGAGGGCUAGGAGGAAGGAGACACAGACGACGACUAGGCUAUAGCCUGUCAGACCGACACAUGGUCAUGAUCUCGGAUUUAUUUGAAAGAAACUGGCGAUAAUUCGGCAUCGC